GAUCGUGACGACCUGAAUGGAAAGCUUAAGUCUCUACAGACAACCGCCAGAGGUUUAGAAAGAGAUUACGAGAAUAAGAAGAUGGAACUUGAACGAUCAGAAGGCCAUGUUACGGACAUGAAGUCCCACUUCAGUCAAAUGAGUGCACUGAUGAGCUCUUUCCCACAAGACCCGACGCCACGGGCACAAGGGCCUGUCAUGGAGAGUGCCAAUGGAGCAGGUUCCUCUGGCAGAUCACAAGAAUCUCCCCAGAGAGCUUCCCUCCGACAAAGCCUCCGCGGAGAUGGCAACCCCGAGGAGGACGAGGAGGAUGACGAUGAGGACCCGGUUGACCCAAGACUGCUCCCACGUCGCAAAGAGGGGAGCCAUUGGGUCCAUGGUGUAAGUCUUAAUGUUCUCUCUUCUCACAUUCUAGAGACGAUAAGCCGAUAA